AUGUCAGACUCCGCAAAGUUCAAUGUUCUGGAGACCGCAGAAUCGUUUGCCUCGCGACAUUAUGAUUUCCUGGUUGUUGGAGGCGGAACCGCCGGCCUGGCGCUCGCUGCCCGACUCUCCGAAGGAACCUCUUUUACUAUAGGCAUCUUGGAAGCCGGGCAGCCCCAUUUGGACGAUCCGAAAAUAUUGAUACCGGGUCUGUGUGGCACCCUUCCUGGUGACUCUGAGUACGACUGGAAAUUCAUGACCGUACCUCAAGAGCACCUGAAUGGACGUCAGAUUGGGUGGCCUCGUGGUCGAGUACUUGGGGGCUCAAGUGCAAUAAAUUUUAUGCAGGUGACUUACCCGACUGCGAAGGAGAUCAACGACUGGGGGGCUCUUGGAAACGAACAUUGGUCCUGGGAUGAUCUGCUACCCUAUUACAGAAAGUUCCAAACCUUUGCACAGCCUUCGGCCGAAGUAGCAAAGUCGCUGGGGACGUCACAUUAUCAACUUAAAGAUUAUGGUGGCACGGGUCCCAUCCAAGUUAGCUUCUAUAGCCCGCAUGAUCUGCAAGAUGCCUGGUUGAAAACUUUUGAAGCCCUGGGCCACAGAAUGUCCCAGAGUCCUCUAUCUGGCGCAGCGAUUGGAGGGUUUACAAACCCUGCAACGGUGGAUCCUGAGUCUCGAACACGAAGCUACUCCACAAAUGCCUACUAUCUCCCAAAUGCAACGAGGUCGAACAUGUUCCUCCUCACAGGAGCCCAAGUCCUCAAGAUAAAUUUUGAGGCAGCGAAAGAUGGGCAGUUUAUGGCCAGUGGAAUUUCGUUCCUUGCCCAGGGGACAAAAUAUGUUGUGAAAGCACGCCGCGAAGUUAUUUUAUCUGCUGGAACUAUCCAAUCGCCUCAGAUUCUAGAGUUGUCUGGGAUAGGCUCUGAGGAUGUGCUUUCUAAGCAUGGUAUCGAAGUACUGAUCAACAACCCCGGUGUUGGCGAGAACCUCCAAGAUCACGCUAUUGCAACCCUGUCCUAUGAAGUUGCAGAUCCAAGUUUAUCCUUGGACAGUCUUCGCGACCCAGCACUUCUUAAAACAGCCCUGGAAUCUUUCCAGACUGAAAGGUCAGGUCCUUUUGCUUCAGGAGUCCAGGCCAGUGCAUUUCUUCCGAUUAUCGACUUUGUGUCCGAGCGAGGAAAGACAGAAUUAGAAACUCUCUUAGAAGAUUUACCAGAAAGGCAGGGGUCUGAUGGCAUCAAAAGCCAACAUUCGUUGUUGAAUCAGGCGCUGUUAGAUCCGGGGGAAUCUACAGCUCAACUGAUGCUGUUGUCUUUUCAAGUACAUGGCGAGUCAGCGCACGACCAGCAGGCACUAUUCAAACCGUCUGCAGCGGGCGCGUAUAUUACAUUGACUGCUCAUAUUGCCCGCCCAUAUUCACGUGGUCAUGUGCAUAUUCGGUCUCCAGAUCCUUUGGAUCAGCCUUGUAUCGAUCCUUGUUACCUCUCGCAUCCACUCGACCGUGAGAUUCUGGCUCGACACUUCAGAUAUCUCCAAAUCCUAGCUAGGACUGAGCCGUUGGCUUCAAAACUGGCAAAGAAUGGCCGGACAAUUCCUGAUUGUGUGCCAAUUGACCUGGAUUUGGCUUCAGCAAAGGAGAUGAUAAAGAAAGCCGUGACGACACAAUACCAUCCCGUCGGAACCUGUGCGAUGAUGCCACUAGGGAAGGGGGGAGUCGUCGAUGCAAAAUUAACGGUCCACAGCACUGUGAACCUCCGAGUUGUCGACGCUAGCGUGUUUCCGAUGCAACUACGUGGCAACAUCCAGUCGACUGUGUAUGCAAUUGCGGAGUACGCUGCUGACAUGAUCAAGGCAAAAUGGGUUCGAAGUGGCAAGGAUGGUGGUCUACACUAA